UUUAAAUGGCUCUAAAUCAACCAAGAGAGAUGAAAAAGCUCAGAUUUAUCAGCUUUGUAAUAUAUUUAUUAGUCAGGGUUUUAUGUGCCUCACAACUCCCCCUAUUUUUUUUGAAUGGCAUUUAAAUGGUUGACUCAGCCCACAGCAGAUCUCAGUCUCCACUUGCCUGAACCUGUUGCAGACGAUAGACGCUCUUUUAUUCAGGCACCUUCAUCAAAUCUGGACCGUAUCUCUCAGUUUACUGUGGAGGUUUUUUCUUUUCUUUUGUUUUUUUUUUCUCUCUCUACAGGAAUGGCUAUGUUUUCUCAUCCGGCUGCACUGAUGCUGCUCUUCAUCACCUGCAGGAACAUCCAGCGCUGCAUCACACUGAACGUGGAUCCUCCUGAAAACCUCAGGCUCUUUGACCCUGGACAUCUUGGACAUUUGGAGAUGACAUGGAGCCCCCCCGCCAGUCUGACCAACGUGACACAUUGUCUGAAACUCUACCAGCUGGAAUAUUUCAACUCAUACACAAACAGUUGGACAGUCAUCAGGACACCAGGAAGAUCCUACAGCGCUCAGUUUGACCUGAUGAAAGACGUCGAAGUCAGAGUGUACACCGUACUGAGGGGGCUCUGUACCAACGGCACCACGCUGAUGAGCUCACACUACGCUGAGGUGGUGCAGAAACCGUCAAACACAGGUCUUAAAAAUACAAGAGUGAAGGAUUUUAAUUGUGUCUUCUACAACAUGGAGAACAUGGAGUGCAGUUGGCGAAGUCAAAAGGCCAAGAAGGCCAUCUCAAAGCAGCAUCUGUAUUUUUGGCAUGCGAAAAUGGAGAGAGCGGAGGAAUGUCCAAAAUACUUUAAUACAACAGGAGGACUGAGGAGAGGUUGCAACCUCACCGAGAAGCAAUUGCCGGAUUUCACAGACAUUAACUUCUGCAUAAAUGGUUCUAUUCCUGGGAAGAUCAGACCUACAUUUUUCUCGCUGCAAAUCCAAAACCAUGUCAAGCCUGCGAAAACAAAGACUCUCGAUCUAAGAGAAAUCCAUGACGCACAGCUAUUGUUUAAAUGGGUUCCUCCACCUGGAAAUGUUCCAGUACACUGCCUCGAAUGGCAGGUGGAGGCCGGACCACAGGGACCUUACGGGAAAGAAAAAAAGAGCCUUAUAACGGAACAAACAAGUCUGACUUUGGAAGUCAGUCAUGGCUCCAGGAGCACCUGCGCCAAAGUUCGAUCCAGGCUGCACAAGUACUGUGUAGAUAAGAGCAUUUGGAGUGAAUGGAGUGAUCUCAAAUGUCACCUGGUAAUGGAAGAACCGGAGGGGAACCAUAACUGAACGACUCCACCGAUCUCUCCACGCAGUUCUCACAGUUUUGUUAUCAACUUUACAGGUCCUAUAUGCAGCACAGCACAGUUUGGAGUAACCUCUCUUAGCGCCACCCGGUGGCCAACAAAUGAAUCAAAAGUAUGUUUUGUGUAGGUGUACAUGUAGCGAGUUACCUCAAAAACGAAUCCUCUGUCUCAAACAUUUUUAAAGCAGGCAAAACUCGUGUAUUUGUAAUAUUACUGCGUAUGUGUAUGUUAAAUAAAUAAUAAUAAUAAUAAUAAACAGUAUCCUCUCUCCAAA